CACAUUCCCAGGUGGCAGGUGGUGACAGGCCAGUCUUGGUAGCUGUGGUAUGGAAACAAUCAAAGUGUGGUCAAGGUUGAGUCAUUAGAGGGGAAAAGGACAGUACAGCCAGACUCCUAGUUCAAACCCCACCAAAUGGGGUACUGGGCAGGGGUCUUGUAGUGUCGCAGUAAGGGAAACCCACAGAGUAAGGAAUCAGAGUAACAGACAGGGCUCUCCAGCAGAGGUCACAGUGAGAUUUGAUGCAGCCCCUGGACGUCAACUCUUUACGAGUCCACGCGCUGUCUCUGCUGUGCGCGUCACUCCUCUGAGGAUCAUGAAGAGCUCUCCUGACCUCAUGCCCACUGAGUUGGACCCCGCCCGUGUGUGUAAAGGGAAGGGAGCUGUAACUUUAAGAGCCACACUUGUCCACGUCGACGAUGAAGAUUGUAUCACCCAGGAGUCAACCCCAGACCCAGCCAAGAGUGGGUGGCUUGAAGCGGUCAACGGAGAUGCCUCAGAAACCAGUUUGGCAGAGGACGAAGUAAACAGCGUCAGAGCUCAUUUAAAUUCCCCGCAGGUCUUUAAGGCUCCAACACAGGUCGAGUGUCCUGUAAGUUCGGAUCAGUCUUCACUCUCCUCCAGCUCAGGUUCCCUGAGUGCUGGUGUAACAUCAGUCAGGGUAUCCUCCUCAUAUCCACCUACCAGCAGCGUAAACCCAACCAUCGUCCUGCUGCAGCACAGCAGAGACAGCGCGGCGGAGCAGAGCAAAGGGUGUGAUCAGAGCUCCACCGACAGUCAGCUCAGACCAAAACCUGACGGCCCUCUUGCCCCCGCUGAACACAUGGAGGGCAAGAGAAUGAGGAUGACUGCGUACUCAACGUAUCCUGCCCUGCUGGAGAAGCCUAGAGUUCCAGUGCGGAACACCGAGAAGUCCAAGGACUGGUACAAAAACAUGUUCAAACAAAUCCACAGAGUCACAGAACCCGUCGAGGAAAACCCAUACCGUCCCACCUACAUAUUCCCUGAGAGCAAUGACAGGCCACUGAAAACCAGAGAUGACAGUCCUUCUCAUGUACGUGAAGAUGAGCGAAGUGUUCCUCGUUCUAGAAGCGCAUUAGACAUGGGAAGUUCUCAAUCAGGCAGAAGGGUCCCUGUGCCAACCCGAACGUCUUCCCUACGGCCACAGAGGAACGAGUGGGAGCCCCCUGACAAGAAAGUAGACACCAGGAAGUACCGGGCCGAGCCCAGGAGCAUCUUCGACUACGAGCCGGGGAAGUCUUCAGUGCUGAGGGUGGAGAGACCGGACUUAAGCCCGGAAGAUGUAGAUAUAGAGAAUGAACCUUGGUAUAGAUUCUAUUCAGAGAUGGAAUUUGGCAAACCGAGUGCCCCCUCUUUCAGCCCCUUGGAAACACCCUCAGACCUGCAGCAAUACUCUGCCUGUAAAGCGGGUUCUGGCGUGGCGGGGAAGGAGGGUGGCUCGGCUGCCACUGAGCACACGGCCCCAGAAUGCGAGCGACACAUUUACAAGAGCGUCCUGGAGGGCGGCGACAUUCCGCUGCAGGGCCUGCGAGCGCUUAACAAACGCCAUCCCAGCACUUCCUCUAAAGUGGAUAAUAAAGGUGGGAAUGGCUGUAUGAUUUCACCCUGCUCCUCUGUAAAUAGUCGCUCAGUUCUUGCCAGUAAUGUGCUAGGUUCUCACAAUAAGACUAAGAAGUCGCUGUCUGCUGCCAAAGCCUGCAUACCCCAAAUCCUUCCCUCCAAGUUCAAGCCUAAGCUUUCCCCCUCUGCUGAUGAGGGCCAGGAGAGGAGGGCGGAGCCUACGCCUCGGCCAAAAGCGCACAGCUGCGAGGAUCUGCACCAUGAGCCCUGCACGGUUUUGGGCAACGGAGAUGCGACAGAUCAUGAUCAUGAUCAUGGGUUAGCGUCUUACUCUAAAGCCUCCAACUGCUCGCCGAAAAACGGCCCUCUCAAUGGUACACUGAGGAGCACGGCAGAGUUCUCCGCCCUCUACAGGAACAUGCACAGCAUCCAACGGCCCAGCUCACUCAGCUCCAGCCUGCAAGGCAGCGUCCGCAGCCUGGCCUCGCUCUUCGAGAAGCCGGGGGACGAGGCCGGCGCUCUGGAGCGGUUGGGGAACGUACCGCGGGAUGCUGUGACGUAUCGGGUGCUGGAGUUUGAACGCAUCAUUCAGCGCUCCAGCACGGCCCCCACCCGCUCCUCCUCCAUGCCCAUCCUUCCCAGUGGCCCCAGCCCCGCCCACAGCCCUGUUCCUGGAUCCUGCUUCCUGCAAUCAGCUGUUUCUGCUGAGUAUUUGGUCAUGCCAGAGCCAGAACAAACUGAUGACUGCCCCAUAGUGCCUGUAGGGGACAAUGUAUCCAGUGAGGAGGCUUCUUACUCAGGUGGUGAAGCAGCAACAGCAGCAGAAUGUGUGGAACCCUCUAAUCAGAACCAUACCUCACCCUCAAGAACUGAAAUUGAAUCACACUCACACACAGAUGGCAAAGAAGCAGAACAGAAAACCAGCUGUGGUGAUAACGGCGCAGCUGAGAGUACUUUAAGUGGUCUUUUGGUGGACAGCACCCCAACAUCAGAGCACCAUCAUCACUACCACCACCAUCACCACCAUGACCAUCUCCCCUUCCACCCACUCCACCUCAAACCCAGUAAAUGUAAAGGCUCCUGUCCCGCCUCCUACACCCGCUUCACCACCAUCCGCAGGCAUGAGCGGCAGCAGGCCGGCAGCAACAACAACUACAGCAGCACCAGCAGCAACUUCAUCCCCGAGAGAAGAUCCAUCCCUCCUGCAAACUUACUCCUGAUGGGUCCAGCCCCGUUCACCCUGCGCAGAACCCUGCACAGUCACCAGGCCAAAAAGACUCUCUCAGCUACCAAAGCCCUAGGACUCGAUGGGAUAGACGCUCGGAUCUUCUCGUCCAAGCCCAGACCCAUUAUCCCCCAGCGCCUGUCCUCUCUGGAGGUGCUGGAGAGGCUCAGUAACGGCGACGGCACGUCCAGCCAGGUCGGGGACGCCCAUGAGCUCACGGACGGGGAAUGCUCAGACGCCAAUAAAAACCACUGCGGAGAUUCCGAAUCCUCACAACCAUUAAGUCAAGGAGAGCAGGGAGAUAACCCAGACGAGGUGGUCCGCAGACGAUAUGGAGACAAGGAGAAAAUUCUGGAGGAGCAGAGGCGUCUGAAGCGGGAGCAGGAGGAGGCCGACAUAGCGUCCCGCAGACAUGCAGGCCUGGUGCUGACCCAUCAGCAGUUCAUCACCAAUGACCGCUUUGGGGACCUGCUUACCAUCAACGACGCGGAGAAACGAAAAUCCGGACCAGAGAGGACACCUGCCCUGGCCCUGUUUAACUUCAAAGCAGAGACUCUGAAGGAACUGCCGUUUCAAAAGGGAGACAUUGUGUACAUCUAUCGGCAGGUGGAUCAGAACUGGUAUGAGGGAGAGCAUCACGGCAGGGUCGGAAUUUUCCCUCGCAACUAUGUUGAGCUCCUACCUCCUACAGAAAAAGCCCAGCCUAAGAAAAGCGCUCCAGUUCAGGUGCUGGAGUACGGAGAGGCCAUGGCCCGCUUUAACUUCGCUGGUGACACUGCAGUGGAGAUGUCUUUUAAAAAGGGGGAGCGCAUUACACUGAUUCGCCGGGUGGAUGAGAACUGGUAUGAGGGUAAAAUCUCGGGCACCAACCGGCAAGGCAUCUUCCCAGUCACUUACGUGGAGGUGCACAAAAGACCCCGUGUUAAAAAUGGAGUGGAUUUCCCUGAUCCUCCUCUCAGCCAUUCACCACAUCGCAGCACCAACGCCUCGCCACAGCCACCACGUAAUCGCCUCACCACUCCCCCUCUGCCCCUCCCCCGCUCUCCUCGCCGCUCUGUGUCCCCCGAGGUCCACGCCAUUUCCAACGAGUGGAUCUCUCUCACUGUGGGCGGGGCCGGCUGCAGCCCCCCUGCCGCACCCACUCCUCCACUCCCACCCCUGCCUAGCUCCUCCUAUCGCCUGGGCGAGUACCUGCCCCCAUCCCACUCUGCCAGCCCAGUGCCUCCCAUCACCGGCAGCCCCUACUGCGUCUCUCCUGCGGCCUCACCCUCCACCUCACCCCUGCCUCCUCCCUACCCGCCCCGGCCGAGCUCGGCCACCCCGUUCCUCACCUUCACCCCGCCGCAGGGCGAGGACUUCCUCCUGUGCCCGCCCUCGCCCCGCCUGUCCCGCAGCCUGAGUCCAUGCGGGGGCGCAGGCCUGGAGGGCUGGCUGGGUGGUGGGGGUAGCGGCAGGUUGGAGCAAGAGCUGCAGGACAGGGAAGGGGCGGAGCUAGACAGGGUCAGCAGCCUCCGCAAGGCUCCGUACAGCUGGAGCAAUAGCCCAGCCGAGCCUAUGAAGAAUGAAGCAGACUACCAUGGGCGAUCUUCAAGAAGUCCAGUCAUGCUAUUCGACAUCCAGGAUAGCAACAUGAACGCCAACUCCUUCACGGAGGCGGUGUGUAAUGAGAUCAUGAAUAUAGCAGAGACCUCAGUGAGGUACUGCAGUACUUUGUCCCGCCCCUUAGACUCCGCCCACAGACUGAUGCCCCACCUCAGUAAACACUCUCUCAUCAUUUCCCAGCAACCCCAGUCCCAAAGCAGCAGCCCCGAACCUGGACGCCUGAGCUGCGGCAUAUUCCAGGCCCUGUACAGCUACGUGCCACAGAAUGACGACGAGCUGGAGCUGCAGGAGGGAGACCUUGUGAACGUCAUGGAGAAAUGCGAUGACGGCUGGUUUGUUGGUACAUCCAAGAGGACAAAGCAGUUUGGAACUUUCCCAGGGAACUACGUAAAAGCCGUUAAUUUGUAACACGUGAAAGUGAAUGUUCUGUAUGUAGAGAUUCUAACAUUAUUCUUAUAGCAGCCUAUUUUGGACACCAUUACCAAUGAGCUGAGGGUAUGCUUGUGUUAUUUUUGUAAGCCCACCCCCUUCAGUAUUGUAUCAGGCCUAGGUGAAUGUCCAGGUAUGUGAUCAGUAAGGUUUGUGGCAUGUCGGCGAGGGUUAUGAGGUAAAGCAGAACUGUAUCGGCAGAUAAAACAUAUAAUUAAAUUGAAUAAAUUAGAAUGUAACAUCUUAUAACAUAUUUAAUGAUUUUCGUUUGUAAGAAAAUCAUAUAUAAAUUAUGAUUUCCCUUUUUCUCUAAGGAAGUGCUAAAAGCUCCUUUAAAAAAUGUUAAAUACUUUAAUAAUUAUUUUUUAAAUAUUUAAAACCAUUCUUUUUAUUAUUAUAAUUUUUUAUCACUGAAAAUACUAAAGCUGGGGCACACCAAAUUUUUACUGCAUCACAUACCUGACAUUAACAUGGUAGAGACAAUUAACUCUGAAGACUAAAACAACAUGGAAGACUCACAACAGUUUACUCUGCUUUGAAUGUAUAGGGGCUUUGCAGUGUGUUGUGGGGGGUCGCAGUGUGGUUGAAGGCACUUAAAGGCAGUUAAGAGAUUGGUAAUUGAAGUUGAAGGUUAAAGGGCCGGAUAAAGGUCAGUGAAACAUGCAGAAAUGCUUCAUUUAGUACUGAAAAAUGUAAAAGAGGAGUUUGGGCUCACUAUAUACCUGCUGCCUUUGAGAAAUACAGAUUUAUGGGGCGCGAUUUAUUUAACAUUAGUGUGGUUUAAGCUUUGUUUGAUACAGACGUGGCCUCCAAAUGCACUGAAAGCAUUGGGACGCUGGCACUGAUGUCUAUGUGAACUAUGUCUAUGUGGCGCACUGAUCAGGAUGUUUUCUGGAUUUUAUGAAUUUGGCUUGACUAAGUGACACUAAGUGACAAAUGGAAGCUGUUACAAACUUCCUAACCUGAUUCAGGAUGACUUUUUUAUAUUAUGAUGAAGAUGAUAAUGAAGGUUUCACUGAUUUAUAGACUGAAAGGCUGAGUACAGCUCAGAUUUGCGCCCUGAAAACAUCCUGAUUGCCUGAAAUCCGUCCAAUACAGCUUUAUUUUCAUACAAACAGAGUGGAAAAAGAGCAUGUUCAUUAUUUCUCAUGUGUCUCACAUUUUGAUGAUCAUAAUGAUCAUAAUGAAGUAAGCUUUCUGUUGAAAUCUAAGUCACGGUAAGGGACGACAUUAACUGUUUGGUUUGGUGUCAAUAGAUCAGCUGAUACCUUUGAAACACUUAGCACUUAGCAGUGUGACUAACGUUGCAUAUUAUACUUGCAGUUGCAAAAUGUAAGUACACGCAACCAAAUACUGUUUAUUCCAUCAGGCUUGUACACUGCAACAGUGUCUUAGGGCCAGAAGAGAAGCAGACCCAGGGUUUUUUGCAUCCAUAGUUCUAGAAUAAUGUAUUUAUCAUACAGCAUUUUGAGAACCAACAAAAAAACAAAACAUUAGUGGGUUUCCAUCCAGAUGUUUCACAAAAGUUACGUGCAAAAAUAAAAUAGCUAAAUAAGUUACUGUAUGUUUCCAUUCGCUACAGUUACACAAAGAUACUUAGGCUAUUGUGAUUAGCAGCAGGGUUUAGGAGAACAUUUUACAUAUUACAGUCUUUUUAUGGCUGUAUAUUUUUUGCAGUUCAGAGAAUUCAGGCAGUGCAAACAGUGGUCCACCUAAUAAGGGCUGAAAUCUUUCUACCACACAUCUGGGAGUGCAAACACACCAGACAGUUCUGGUAGAGCAGUGCUCUUUAGAGUCUUUCCAAUCACUGGCAACCCAUCCCAGCUGAUGAGAGAAUCCCCAAUGCUUUAUACAAGCUGCACAUUGUGUAGAGUAUAGAGUAUUGGGACAAUGUUUGGUGUAAGUCUAAGCAAUAAGAAUAAUGAUACAUCAAAUUAUGGUACCCACUGAAGAUGCGUUCCAUUGAGGUUUUUCAAUGUUUGGAUGGGGUUGUUUUUUGCUAUUUUUUGGAACAUUUAGUUUUUUUGCACAUUUAUAAAAUUCACUAGAACUUUAGUGUAGCGUGGAUAAAUAUCCCAUGAUCUUAUUCUCAUAAUCUUGCAAUAUACUAUAGUUUAUAUUGACAUAUUCUAGAAAUAUGGAGUUAAAAUGACCUUGAAGGUGGCCCUAAAACACUGUUGCACUGUAGGCCAACAUGGUAUAAUAGAUUUAGUUUUUUUGGGGUUUUUUUCUUUGAAGAAUGUUGUGAGUAUGAAGAACAGCAUGCAUUAACAGAUGUUUAUACUAGUUGAAUCUAGAUAAUCAUUGCCAGCUACAUCAGACAGUGGUGUAGGACACUCGGUAGUGUUGGGAAUGUGUGCUCCAUAAUGAAAUGCCGUACCUCCUUCCAAUCUUGAAGUGCCAUUUAUAUACGAGUAAGCUACAUUUGCUCCAGUCCUGGACGCAGGAUACUCAACCAACUAUUUAUAGUGUUCACGCGAGAUGCGUUUCCUCUGCUGUAGCUGUAUUUUCUGUUGUGGUUUCAGUGAAAAAGAGGGUAAAAUAAUCCAUUUACUCAGUAGAACUGUGGUGAAGAUGUGUCAUGCAUGGGGUUUUUUAAUGUCCUGUGACAAACAUGGAGUGUUUAAGCUCUGCUCCCUGCAGUGGUGUGCAGUCAUGGCAGUGUGUGAGGCGUGUGACACCAGAGAGAUGAUGCUCUCUCUUGUACAAAUACAUAGAAAAACCCACUGACUUAUAAAGUGAAAUAAAGUUGCUUCAGAUGGUUCAGAUGGAAGAAACAAACACUUUUGGUUCCAUAAAGGUAACAUUUUGUAAGGUGUGUCAGUGUGAGAGACCUUUUAAAGGUUUAAAGAACCAUCAUUUGUGGUUCUUAGUUAAUUUAAAGGUUCUACACUCAUACACUUUACUAAAUCCUUAAAAUAAAUGAGAGCUGAUUCACCAACCAAAAUGACAAAAUUAUAAAAUGAUGUAUUUUUCAUGAAUAUUCUGAUAUUUACAAUUGUUUUUUAUUUCUAAUCAUUAUAAGAGCUUACAAAAAUACAUACAUUUGAUUUCUGAUUGAUACGUUGUGUCCCAAUUGCAUAUUAAUACUCAAAUAAGUAGAUAACUAGAUAACUGUCAAGUUAAGUAUACUUAAAAUGGUGUUGUGACCAUGGACACUAUGACAGGAGCUACUCACGUCUGUUAGCCGCAGGUAAUAGAAGUACAAGUACAGCAGCAUCUAUGGCUGGGGAACUUCCUGCUUGUACAAAACUGGUUAAUAUGUCAAUAUUUUUUUGUACUUAGCUGGCGAAUCCACACCAAUAAUGAAGUUUUUAAAUAUUUCUAGAUAUUUGGAGACAAUAGGAACUUUUUCAACUCUCCUUCCUCCUUCCAGUCACAGUGGGUGUGGUCUACCCUCAGUUUAGCAUAUAUACCUAGUAGUAUAAGUGUGUAAUGAUAUGCAAUUGGGACACAACCAUAUUCUGUUUGUUAGGAUUUAUAUUUCUUAAGAGAAAAUGUUCUCGGUAAGUCUUGGUAAAUAAUUAGUAUAUGAUUUUUUAAGGUACCAUGGUAUCACUCAAACAUCCUUCUGAGGCACCUUUAUUUAUAAGAGUCUGUGAUUCUAUCACUAAACGUUUAACAAAGUAGAUCCAUGACCUGAACUACAAAACAAAUCUGCCAUUUCACCAAUUUCUCCAUGAUGAGUUCUACAUUCUGCAUUACACAGCGUAAGCAUCUGAAUAUAGUGUUUUGAGAAACCUGUGCUUUGGAUACGAGCAAAGGAAGCGGAUCAGUUUUCUCCUUUCGUAAUUGUAAAUAUGUAUAGAAUAAAUGAAUGAUUGAAUGAAAGUGUUUGAAGUUACAACAACCUCUAUGAUCAUAGCAGUUUAUAUUACAUGAGAAGAGUUUUGAGAAGAGCUGCUCGGCACAGGCGGUCAGGCAAGAGAGAGAGAGAGAGUGAGUGAGUGAGUGAGUGAGUGAAUGCGAGGAUAUCUGACACUGUGUUAGGACUGAGAUGCCUUUUUUUGUCUCAUGGCUUCAUUUUUAACUGUGCCUCGUUUUUCAUUUUGCCUUGAUUUGUUACUUUGAAGGAUAUGAAGAUUGUUUUAGCACACAAGUGUCACGGGAGACAAUUACGGAGAUCCGGAGACUGCAAUCACCAGAGUUUAUUACUAACGCGUGUGACGUAAUAAUGCCUGUAGUGCAUAAAGACGAUGAUGUGAUCUUCCACGUGCAGAGGCUCACCUUGCAGUUGUUGUUGUUUUCCUCUUUUUUUGCGGUGCUGUUACAGUACAAUAUUGGAUUUAAAACGCACUAUUUACUGCUGUGAUUUCAUUAUUAUGCAAUAUUUAAUAAACUAUAUUACAGCUUUUGA